UGUUGUGGCCCUCAGUGAUGACGUGGGCGGUCCAGCUUCCUCAAAGGCUUUCUCAGCGGAGGAGGAAGAAACAAAAUCCUCAAACCGCAAAGUAACGCGUCUCCCGAUGUACAUGCGGUUUUCCUCCAGGUUGCUGUCAGCUAUGGCUGGACCCAGGCCUGUGGUGUUCAGCGGCCCGUCAGGAGCAGGGAAGAGCACCCUGCUGAAGAAGCUCAUGAAGGAAUAUGACAGCGUCUUUGGCUUCAGCGUAUCGCAUACAACUCGAAAACCUCGACCUGGAGAAAAAAAUGGCAAAGAUUACCAUUAUGUUACUCGGGAGAUAAUGCAGGCCAGCAUCGACAAAGGCGAUUUCAUGGAGAACGCAGAGUUUUCCGGCAACAUGUACGGGACGAGUAAAGCGGCUGUGCAAGACGUCCAGGCCAAGAACCUCAUCUGUAUACUUGACAUAGACAUGCAGGGCGUGAGGAACAUUAAAGGCACCGACCUGAAUCCCAUGUACAUCUCCAUCCAGCCCCCAUCCAUGGCAGUCUUGGAAAAGCGUCUAAGAGACAGAAAAACCGAGACAGAGGAGACCCUCCAAAGGCGUCUGCAUGCAGCCGUGGUGGAUAUGGAGUUAGGCAAAGAACCUGGUUUGUUUGAUGUGAUAAUUGUCAACGAUAAUUUGGAGGAUGCUUACGGGCAUUUAAAACAGGCUCUUCUCGAGGAAAUUAAUAAGGUGAAGAAGAUCAGCAUGUCCUCGUAGGACACGCCUCGGUCCCGUCCAGCCACUCCUCACAAAACCAGACCUCCAUUCCAGUUGUGUACAUUCCCUCAGAUGAUGGUCUGUGUGUAGGUUUUACAUUUGUGUUUAGAGGUAUAUGAAAACAUACUGUAAAGUGGAACAUUUUUUUUUAAAUUGACAGUGCAUUUUUUUUUUUACAUUUUUGGUUUUCAGUUGUAUGAAAGAAAAAGAUACUCCAGCAAUCCUUACUUGAUGUGUGACUGGCCUGGUAGAGCGCUCUCUGUUGGACAUUUACUGAACAUUGUCACCAACGCAGACACACAGACACAAACGGGAUGUAACUCACUCCAUCACGUGGAAAAUCCUGUAUCUAGAUACCGUGGUUAGUGGCAGCAAGUUAUGCUGCUCUUAUUGUUGGAAUCUUUUUUUCUUGGGCAACCAGUCAAACUGUGUUGAUAAUGCACAGAGACGGUAAAAUGUAUUGAAGACAGACUGACUGAGAGUUUGACAUCAGCUCCUAGAUCAUGAAUUCAGCUGAUCUCUGGGAAUAAACAUGGUGGUUGUUUACUUACAGGCAAGUCAGCACUACUGUUGAAAUAAAAAUAUUCCAGUGCCGGUUAAUGCUUUUUUCUCUAUCGCCACAUUAUGUGCUAACUCAAUAUAAGUUUGGUUUGUGGGAUGAGGAUAGAACAAUUUAAGUGUUGUAAAUUUGUAAAACUUUUCUAUGGUGUAGCAUUUUCCCUUUGCUGCUCUGUGUGAGGGGUAAAAUGACGUUCAGUAGACUGUAUGUGGUUUCUAACAAAAGGAAAGGUUUUAAACUACGAGGACAAAUUAAAUGGCGUAUUUAUCUAUAUUUUUUUUUAUCGUUUACAACCAAGCACAAGAUACAUUAACCUGAGAGCCAAGAAAACAUUUAAAACAUAACAUUUGUACAUUGGCAGGUUUUUUUUUCAUGGAUAUCGAAAGUACCUAGAUACCUAUGUGCAGAUAAAGUUCCGUUCCAGUUGUACAAUAUAAUUAAUCAUCGUUUGCCAUUUAACCAGCAAUAACAAUACUGUGCUUGUUAUGGAAAUACAAUGUCAUUUUGUAUUACGUCCAUUAAUCGUCCAGCAGUGAGACUGUUACCUGUUGAAACUCCAAUAAAUAUUCUUAAACCCAA